AUGGGGACCUGGCAGGACAUUUUUGCAGUGAAAACUGCAGAUAUGCACUUAACAGAGCCAUGGACACUUCAGGAGGAUGAUACCCUGCAGGUGCACGUCCUCAAGCCUGGCUGGAAGGAGUUUGUGCAGCGCCGUGCUCUUGGGAGGUUUCGGUGCUCCCAAUGCUUUCAUGAGUGGUCUUCGGCCAAAGUGCACAUGCUGUUCCACAUGAGCCGGCACCGGGGCCAGGGCACGGUGUGGAUGCGAGCCUUUCGCCAGGCAUGCAGGCGGUGCCCCGACCCCCGGCUGGAGGAGCCCGAAUUCAGCCAGGAGACUAUGGAGAGGCUUAUGCACAACCUAGUGCUAAAGAUCCUCAAGUACUUCUACCACGUGCCUGUCCAACCCUCCGACCUACUGGAAGUUGUGGUGGAUGCACUGGUGACCGGUCCACACAACACUGCCUGCUGUGAGGGCUGCCAGCUCGGCGUUUGCAGCGCAUCACAGCGGCUGGCCCCAGCGUCGGAUGCCUGGGAGCCCUUGAUGGAUGCGGACAAGGCCAGGACCCAUCUCACCCCGAAACGCAAAGGCAUGAGGCCCUAUGCAACCCCAACCCACCACUCCUCGCCCUUUGGUAGCAACUUCCCCUGGAAAUGCUGCUGCUGCAUCGGCAGCUCUUUUCUCAGUGUUUUGGCAGUGCUCCUCUUCAUCCUGCUUUAUUUCACCGAGAAGUAG